ACAAACACAACAAUCAAGCCUUUUCAUUCCCUAUGGACUGUGCCGACACAUUCUCCUAAUUCAAAUGUAGCAUUAUGUCCAAUCCAUCCGCCCCCGCCGCUCACCGCAACGUGGCCAGCAUCCGCUCUCCAGGGUCCAACAAUACCGGCGCACCAGCAAGUCCCCAUACUCCUCUCCGCAACAUCUCUUCAGCAUUCGGCUCUCCCUCUGCUCUACGCGCCGAAGAAGAGACUGUGAUCUUUGAGCUAGGCACCCGGUAUCUGCGAGCAGGAUUUGCAGGAGAUGCCGUGCCCAAAGCCGUGAUUAAUUUCGGACCUGAGGAGCAGAGACGGGCUGGUGACUAUAGGAGAUGGGGGACGAACUAUGACAAGUCUGCGGCGAAGGGACUGCAAAGUAAAAGCUGGGGAGAGGCGUGGGAGCUUUGGAAACUGGAUUUGAGAGAUUUGGAUAUGGGAUUGGUUGGGGACAAGCUGGAUCGAGCUGUGAGGGAUGCUUUUACAAAAUUCCUCCUGAUCGAUUCCAGGCCAAGGCGGCUAUCCUUAGCUAUUCCAUCAACCCUACCCCUCCCACUGCUCUCUACAAUACUUGAUACCCUCUUCAACAACUUCCAACCACCAACCAUAUCCUUGCUAUCGGCUCCUGUUCUUACCACCGUAGCUGCCGGGCUACGGUCGGCUCUGGUUGUAGAUAUAGGAUGGGCAGAGACGGUGGUCACAGCUGUCUACGAGUAUAGGGAAGUGCAAUGUCGACGUGCCGUAAGAGGUACUAAGUUGUUGGGUGAAGCCACGUACAAGGUACUAGCAGAAGCAGCCGAUUUAGCUGAAGCUAUGUCAAAAGACAAGCCGGCAGACGACAAGUCCGAGGAUGACAAUAAAGCACAUCCCAGUUUCGAGGAAUGCGAAGAGAUUAUGGCUCGAGUCCUGUGGUGCAAAGCUGCGAAGAAAGACGAGCCUAGAAGAUUCGAUAGAGGUCUCACGCCUGUCACCGAGGAAGACGAACUCCGAUCCAGCAUGAGGAUGAUGAGCAUAAGUGGACAAUCAGAUGAUGACUCCACGAUCUCUAUACCGUUAACUUCGACAGAGCCUCCCACAACUCUCAAGCUUCAAUUCGCCGACCUAGCAGAGCCAUGUGACACUGCCUUAUUUGCUACUGACACGACCGAGACAGAGCUAGAUGACGAGGAGUUACCUCUGCAUUUACUCGUAUAUAGAAGUUUGCUUCAACUACCAGUCGACGUUCGCUCUAUCUGUAUGUCACGAAUUGUUUUCGUUGGUGGUGGUUCCAACAUACUUGGAUUGAAGGGCCGAGUCCUCGACGAACUUGCUCAACUGAUCGAUGAGAGAAGUUGGGAUCCUGUAAGGGGGAAAGCGGCAGAGCAGUACCGCAACAACCCGAAGCUACAGCGGACGAAACUUAGACAGAAUGGACCAAUAGAGGUUCUCCAACAGAAGGAUUCAAACGGCAUUCUCAUAAUUCCAGCACACAUUCAAAAGCAAGAGGAUGAUCCGAUCGACGAGCAGUUGAAACGCGAAGCCAGGAAGGGAUUACCAGACGUUGAGUCUGGAAACUUACGUGCCGUCAACUCACUUGGAGCCUGGUCUGGCGCAAGUCUGUUAUCGCAAAUGAAAGUUCCAGCUAUCUCGAUUAUUGAUCGAGAGCAAUGGCUUCAGCAUGGUGCUGCUGGGGCAUCUAAAUCUACGGAGAUUGACUUGACCAACAGAAGGCAAAGCAUGGGUCCGGGUGCAGCAUUCAAGUCUGGUGCAGGAGACAGGUCAAGUUGGACCUUGGGGUUGUGGGGAUGAAGUUGGAGCUGAUGUAAAAGUCGAUUCAGUGCCUAAAAAGAUACCCAUUUGUACUUUACAAGAGCAAUAUGGCUCCAACCUAGAAAUG